AUGGCAGUGACAUUGCAUCCCCUUAGAAUGUUCCUUCAAAAUUCACUAAUCAAUACAAAAAGUACAAAACUUUCAUGCAGAUUCACCUCUUCCCUGGCUUUUGUUCCAAACCCAUAUGUGAUAUUGCGUGAUUACAAGUUUUCCGGGAAGUAUAGCGCUCGAAACACGAAAAUCCUGCAUGCCCAUUUUCUAAAGAUUAAUUUUUUACAAUCUGGUAUCUUCUUCAUGAACUCUUUGAUUGAUUUGUACUGUAAGUCUGCUGACAUGGUCGCUGCUCACAAGCUGUUUGAUACAAUUCCUCUUCCAAAUGUUGUUUCUUGGAAUGUCGUGAUAUCUGGUUACAAUCGCAGUUCCAUAUUUGUGAAGUCGUUGGAGAUGUUUUGUAGGAUGCAUUUGUUUGAUUUUGAGCCUGAUGAGUUUAGUUUUGGGAGUGUUCUUUCUGCUUGUGUUGCUUUGCAGGCUCCGCUAUUUGGUAUGCAAGUUUUUUCACUUCUCGUGAAAAAUGGUUUUCUCUCAAGUGGUUAUGUUCAGACUCAAAUGGUGGAUAUGUUUUGCAAAAGUUCAGACUUUGCGGAGGCUCUGAGGUUUUUUAAUGAUGUUUCGUGUGAUGAUGUGGCAAGUUGGAAUGCUAUUAUUUCGUUGGCGGUUAAAAAUGGAGAAAACCAGGUUGCUUUGAAUCUGUUUCGUGAAAUGUGUUGUGCAUCUUUAAUGCCAAAUAGUUAUACAUUUCCAAGCAUCUUAACUGCUUGUUGCGCGCUUAAAGAUAUGCAGAUAGGGAAAGGGGUUCAUGGAUUGGCGAUCAAAUGUAGUGCGAUGGAUGUCUUUGUGGAGACUGCUAUCGUUGACUUGUACGCGAAAUUUGGAUGUAUGAACGAAGCUUAUAGACAGUUCUCUCAGAUGCAAGUCCAAAAUGUGGUGUCUUGGACUGCUUUAAUUUCUGGAUUUGUGCAAGAGGACGGUACUGCUUUUGCACUAAAGCUUUUCAAAGAUAUGAGGAAAAUCGGUCAAGAGGUAAAUACCUAUACCGUUACUAGUGUACUUUCUGCAUGUGCUAAACCUGAGAUGAUCGAGGAGGCAAGAGAACUUCAUUCUUUGGUAAUAAAAUUAGGGUUGGUUUUGGAUGAUAAGGUUGCAGCUACUUUAGUCAACAUGUAUGCAAAAAUAGGAGAAGUUGGAUUAUCCGAAUUAACCUUCAGCGAGACGAAAAAUACGAAGGAUCCGAGCAUAUGGGCGUCGAUGAUGUCUUCUUUUGCUCAUAACCAAAAUUAUGGAAGGGCACUUGAGUUAUUCACUGUAAUGUUCGGAGAAGGAGUGAAACCUGAUGAGUAUUGUAUUUGUAGUUUGUUAAGUAUUAUGAGCUGCUUAAGUCUAGGGUCUCAGGUGCAUGGUUAUAUUUUAAAAUCCGGGUUAGUGACCGAUGCUUCUGUAGGUUGUUCGCUUUUUACAAUGUACUCAAAAUGUGGUUGUUUGGUAGAAUCCUAUAAAGUUUUUGAACAAGUACUUGUGAAAGAUAAUGUUUCGUGGGCGUCCAUGAUUUCUGGUUUUGCAGAGCAUGGAUAUCCUGAUCAAGCUCUUCGACUAUUUAAAGAAAUGCUAUAUCAAGAAAUUGUACCUGAUCAGAUUACAUUAAUCUCGACUCUAACUGCAUGUGCUGAUCUUCGUUUCUUGCGGACAGGUAGAGAAAUUCACGGUUAUGCUUCUUGUUUAGGACUAGGAAAAAGUACAGUUGUUGGUGGUGCACUUGUAAACAUGUAUUCUAAGUGUGGAAGCUUGAGUUUGGCAAGAAAGAUGUUUGAUAUGCUUCCUUCUAAGGAUGCAUUUGCUUGCUCUUCAUUGGUCUCAGGAUAUGCCCAAAAGGGUUUAAUCGAAGAUUUGUUUUUGUUAUUCCAUGAUAUGCUUCAAAAUGAUGUACCGGUCGAUGCCUACACAAUUUCAUCCAUUCUUGGGGCUGCUUCACUUUUGUGUCAAUCAGAAAUUGGAACUCAAUUGCAUGCCUACAUUGAAAAGAUGGGAUUACAAGCCAAUGUCUCCGUUGGAAGUUCGCUAGUGACGAUGUACUCAAAAUGUGGAAGUAUCGAAGACUGCAGGAAAUCAUUUGACGAUGUUGAGAAGCCUGACCUAAUAGGUUGGACAUCGAUCAUAGUGAGUUAUGCUCAACACGGUAAAGGUGCAGACGCUUUAACUGCAUAUGAACUUAUGAAAAAUGAAGGAGUUCAGCCUGAUGCAGUAACUUUCGUUGGGAUUCUAUCGGCUUGUAGCCAUAGUGGGCUACUCGAAGAAGCCUUCUUCUAUCUUAAUUCAAUGUUUGAUGACUACAACAUUGCGCCAAGUCAUCGUCAUUAUGCUUGUAUUGUUGAUCUCCUUGGUCGAUCGGGUAGACUAAGAGAAGCUGAAAGUUUCAUUAACAAUAUGCCUGUUGAGGCCGAUGCGUUAAUAUGGGGAACUUUGCUUGCUGCUUGUAAGGUUCAUGGUGAUUUUAAGCUCGGGAAGUUAGCAGCUAAAAAAGUAAUUGAAUUGGAACCAAGUGAUGUCGGUGCUUAUGUGUCGUUUUCAAACAUUUGUGCAGAUGGAGGACAGUGGGAAGAAGUCACAAAGAUUAGAAAUUCAUUUAACAGAACUGGGAUGAAGAAAGAACCUGGUUGGAGCCUUGUGUGA